AUGCCGCCCCCAGCUCUUCAACACCUCGGUCUUAUCGACCUCGUCGCUUCUGACCCUCGACCAACAUUCGUCGUUGCAUUACCCGAGCAGACACCCUCCAAGACCCAUUGUUCAGCCGACAUCCUGUACCGAAAUCCUGCCUUGCAAAACUCUUAUACCCUCGACCACUCCAUUGCCUCUAUCCCUCAAGAUGAUUCCCACUCGCCGUUCUGGAAUUGGGUCACCAGCCCACCAUCUGCGCCAACGACUCAAACAGAUGCCACAGGUCCUGCACCAACAAAUACGCAACACUCGCUCCCGUAUCUUGGUGUUUACUGGACACGAAGCAUAGUUCUGGGUCAAUGGGUGGUGAUGACCCCGCGCAAAGUUCGAAUAGAAGGAAAGGAAGGCGAGACAACUAGAAAAUACCCCCAAAAAUCCCCACUGGACAAUGCGCGUUUACCGUCCCGAAAAAAGUCGGAGAGCAAAACUCCGUUGCUUUAUCGCGAUGAAUCAAACCCAGGACUUAUGAUUCCUGUUUCCGACUCCGAAGCAGAGCCAUUUCUUGACGUAGUCCAAAAUGUGGAUUGGGAGUCGACAUCUUUGGGCCCCAUGUCAGAUUGGCCCGCUCAACUUCAGCAUACGUUUAACCAACUCGUUUCAGAUUCGCGACCAGUGGCGCUCUAUUGGGGUCCCGAGUACAUCACGAUCUACAAUGAAGCCUUCUCAAAAUACUGCGGCGCUCGACAUCCUGCAUUUUUAGGACGACCAGCACCUGAAGCUUGGCCUCACCUCAAAACUAGACUCGAUGAAAUGACGGCUUCGCCAUUGAAGAACUAUUCGAAUGCUGAGGAUGAGUCCAAAUUUUUCGUCCCCUUAACAGACGGCUCACAUGAAGAGACAUAUGUCAAGUCUUCUAUGGUUCCCAUUGUCUACGACAAGAAAUGCCUCGGAAUCCAGCACUCGCUACUCGAAAUGACCUCAAGACGGCUUUGGGAGCGGAGAAUGAAAAUGCUUAUUGAUCUCGGCGAGGCCCUGGUCUCUACAAAGGAUGCCAAGUCGUACUGGUCCAGGACGAUUGAGGAACUGGAACGCUGGAGCCCAACCUACGAUGUCCCACUAGCCUUUUUGUACUCAGUGGCAGACGACACGACCGACACCACACUUUCAAAUUAUGAUUGCUCUAAGAUUUGCCGUCUAGAGGGCUCGCUCGGUGUACCAGAAGGACAUGUUAUUGCUCCCCAAGUCCUCAACCUUGGGGAAACAGACAAGGGGAUGGCUUCUAUCAUGAGGAAGUCACUGGAUCAGCGCCAACCAAUUCUUUUGCAGACGAAGAACGGCACAUUGCCAAAAGACCUAUUACACGGUUUAGCAUGGCGUGGCUUCGGCGACCCUUGCCAGGCUGCCAUUGUGUUGCCUAUUCGUCCAACUAAAGAAGAAAACGUUAUGGGUAUUCUAUUCUUGGGCUUGAAUCCUCGACGCCCAUACGACAACGAUUAUCGGCAGUUCAUAUCUUUGUUGAGCCAAAAGCUUACGAGCUCUCUUGCUUCCACAGUUCUCUUGGAAGAGGAGGCCCGGCGGCGUCGCAACAUUACUGAGCAGGCUGCCUAUGAUAAUGCUAUGCUUACGCAGCGACUAGAGUACCAAACUGAACAGGCAGAGAGAUACAUGCAAACGUUUACCGCAGUUGCAGACUUUAUCCCCGUAGGUAUGUGCUUUGUCGACGUCGAGGGUAAUAUCACCUUUGCCAAUGAUGCCUGGCAUCGUAUGACCGGAUGUCCAAAAGGCUCAAUCGUGCAAAGCGCACUGCUUGAGUCAGUGCUCGAGGAAGAUAAACAAAAAGUUAUACAAGCAUAUAAAGACGUCCAGAAAGUCGACACUGUUACUUUCGAAUACCGCAUCGCCCGGAACGAGAACACAACAGGGCCGAAAAGCUUCAAAUCUUCUACAGGUCCUUUAUCUUCAAUCGACGAAAGAGUCUCGCGUCAUAUUCUGGCUUCUACAAAGGCCGAAAGAGCUCCAGAUGGCAGUGUCAUUCGAAUUCUUACUUGCCUGACUGACGUAACGGUACAAAAAGACACGGCCGAGGAGGCGGUCCGCCGGGCACAAGAAGCAGAGAACCUAAAGCGUCUUGCCGAGUUUGCCACAGUUGGAAUCGCGAACAAUCUUUUCUGGGAAUUGACAGAUUUGGAGAAGGUCGAUCUCACCAAGACCGACGUGAGACCUUGGCCAGAAUGUGUUGUGAAGGAAGAUUUGCAUAUCCUACAGGAAAGCCUCGAUCGACUGGUUGAAUCAGGACGAACUGAAACGGCCGAGUUUCGACUCCGCAACGGCUGGGUGACAGAGGACAGCAACGGGAAUUCAUCUGUGGCCCCGCGAUGGGUGCUUGCUACUUUCAUGCCAGUCAGAAGCUCUGACGGCGUGAUUCAAUCUUUUACCGGCUGUCUGAGCGACGUUUCAAUACAGAAAUGGCAAUUGGAGCAGGAGAAGCUUCGCAAAGAAGAGGCAAUCGAGUCCAAGCGCCAGCAGGAAAAUUUUAUCGACAUGACUUCACACGAGAUGCGGAACCCAUUAAGCGCUAUCCUUCACUGUACCGACGCAAUCAUUGCCUCUCUUGCGAGAGUGCAAGACAUCAGUGACAAUUCCGCACCUCUUACACCAACACAAAACGGCUCUCAAGGUGAUGAGAGAAGUAUUGGCGAAAGAUCUGUUGAGGAGAAGAAGCUUUUGGAGGACAGCAUUGAAAAUGCCGAGACCAUUGUGACGUGCGCUCAACACCAGAAGCGCAUAGUUGAUGAUAUACUCACAAUGUCUAAACUUGACUCCAAGUUACUAGCCGUAACGCCCUGCACGGUGGAUCCGAUCCAGAUUGUGAACGGCGCUCUCAAGAUGUUUGAGGUGGAGGCUCGCCGUGUAGAUAUCGAGUUGACCUCUUAUGUCGACAAGUCGUAUAAGGAUCUCGCAUACGACUAUCUUGACUUGGACCCAAGUAGAGUUCAGCAAGUCUUGAUCAAUCUCCUCACGAAUGCCUUGAAGUUCACCAAGUCUGGCACCACCCGGAAUGUCACUGUCGGGAUGAAAGGGUCGCUGGAACCACCAGGAGAAGCCAUGACAGUGGUGCAAUUUAUUCCCCGAUUCUGUGAUGUCUCAGAGGAAUACGACCAACCCGCGCUCAAGGGACGUACUCGUCCUGUGUAUCUGUUGUUUGAGGUAAAAGAUACGGGUCAAGGUUUGACGGUGGAAGAGAUGGGUAGCCUCUUCAAUAAGUUCGUUCAAGCGAGCGCCAAGACACACACCAAAUACGGCGGCUCAGGACUUGGGUUGUUCAUUUCCAGACGCUUGACAGAACUCCAGAACGGUGCGAUCGGUGUCUCCAGUCAACCUGGCGUAGGAUCAACGUUCGCGUUCUACAUCGAGGCCUAUGUGCCAAGUGAAGCCUCUCGGAACGAAGCGCUGGCUGCCGCGGCUGCUGCCAGGUUGAUUGCCGGUGCUGACGGUGCGGAAGCUGAUGGCAAGCGACCCUGUCGAGACAUUCGCCUGCAGAAGCAUCAAAAUCCAGGAGGGAACGUUCGACUUGAUGGGAUUCUUGUUGUUGAAGACAACCUGAUUAACCAGCAAAUCACGAGACGCGGGUUGACAGAUCGAGGCUACAUGGUAGAUGUUGCUAAUCAUGGAAUCGAAGCCCUCGACAAGCUGAAACGCAGGCAAGGUGUGGCCCCGGGUCUAGGCCUCAAGGCAGGCAGUAGUCGCUCAGGGAGGAGUAACAUGAACCCGCUACCUAUAGCUAUCAAUCUCGUUCUUAUGGAUAUUGAGAUGCCGAUUCAGGAUGGAUUGACAUGCACGCAGAUCAUUCGCGAGCUAGAAGCGGAGGGGGAAAUCUUUUGUGCGUCUGGGGGUCGCAUUCCCAUCAUUGCUGUUACGGCCAACGCACGACCGGAACAGGUUAUGGAAGCCAAGCAAGCUGGGUGUGACGAUGUUAUGGUAAAGCCAUACAGGAUACCGGAGCUCAUUGAGAAGAUGCAAGUGGUGGUACGACGGAUGGGAGGACUCAGCCCGAACUCCCCAGUGAGAUGA